AUCUGGAGCUGAUCGGUUCUUUGGAAUUUCAACUGCUGUAGAAACAUACGCUAUAUCGUUGCAAAUGCACUUUCAUUAGAGAUCGCCUAUCGCUAGUGGAUCAUCCCUUCGUAAGCAUUACCACACCCGUAAAUAUGAAUCAAAAGGAGAAAAAAUUGGACAUUGUAAUCUUCGGUGCAAGUGGAUUCACCGGCAAGUACACCAUCUUUGAAGGAAUCAAAUUGCUUAAUGGGUUGCGUUGGGGGAUUGCUGGACGCAGUCAGAAGAAGCUUCAAGAAACUCUAAUGGAAAUCGGGAAAAAGGCCAACAAGGAUCUUUCCGACAUUCCGAUAGUAACCGCCGACCUAAAAGAUACCGAAUCGUUAAAACAGCUUGCCGAACAGUGCAAGGUGUUGAUUAACUGCUGUGGACCCUAUCGGUUUUAUGGUGAGCCGGUUGUAAGGGCUUGUAUUGAGGCUGGAACACAUCACGUGGACGUGAGUGGAGAACCACAGUACAUGGAGCGAAUGCAGCUGGAGUACCAUCAACAGGCACAGGAACGCGGUGUAUACGUCGUGUCUGCGUGUGGGUUCGAUUCCAUUCCGGCUGAUCUUGGCACAGUGUUUCUGGAACGCGAAUUUGACGGUGUAGUCAACUCGGUAGAAACUUACUUACAGAUGACAUCAAAAAUUCCUUACGACGGUGGCGCAGUGCUUCAUUACGGAACCUGGGAAUCAGCCAUUUACGGAUUGGCGCAUGCUAACGAGUUACGUCCUUUGCGCUCCAAGCUGUACAAAUCUCGUCUCCCCAACUUCCAACCGCGGCUUAAGAACCAAAUGCCGAUGCAUAAGACGAACAUACUGAACGGUUGGUGGGCGGUACCGUUUCCUGGGUCGGAUCGUUCCGUUGUUAUGCGAUCCCAGCGAUAUUUUUAUGAUGCGGAACACAAACGACCCAUUCAAAUGAAGGCAUAUGUUGCUUUUGCGUCAUUGCUGCAGGUGUUGGGAGUUGCAUUUGUUGCUACCGUAUUCGCUAUUCUUUGCCGGUUUGAAAUAGGCCGAAAGUUGCUAUUGCAGCACCCAAAGCUAUUCUCUUUUGGAUUCUGUUCCCACGACGGGCCAUCUGAAAGAUUGAUGGAAAAUACAGAGUUUACUAUGUACUUCAGGGGUUUAGGCUGGGAUAAGACAGAAAAGUUGCUAGAUGCUAACGAUCAAUAUAAAAGUUCGCCAAAGAAAAAGAUCAUAACGCGGGUUUCUGGAACCAAUCCCGGUUAUGGAGCGACUUGUGUUGCGUUAAUUCUUGCGGCCGUCACCAUACUACGAGAAAGCGACAAAAUGCCUGGAAGUGGAGGAGUUUAUCCGCCUGGUGCUGCGUAUGCUAAAACGAGCCUAAUCGAGCAGCUGUGUGAAAAUGGGCUCAAGUUUGAGGUAUUGCGAGCUGCAAAGUAAAAGCUCUGCAUGAUGCAUAUUACAAAUGUCUUCUUUUCGUCAGAAAGGUGUUGGUUUACGUGAUAAUACACUAUUUGUAAAUUAC